AUGUGUCGCAACCUCCUCGUCCCGGCGACGCUCAUCGCGGCGACUCUUGCGCAACAGCAGCCAUGCUUUCCUCUGGGGCCGGUCUUUCCGGCACCGCAGCAUCUGUCUACAUCAAGCAGCUUCAGCAAUGCCUUGACGACCUUGAAUCAGACUCUGGAGGACUCCCUCGCAGGAGGAUCACAAUACCCUUCUCUCGACAAUCAGUCCACAUCUUUUAUCCUCGAUAUGUACUCAAUCAGUACGAAUGAAUCGUUGUUCACAUACACCUUCAAUGCGCCGGACUUCGCAAAUGCCAGUGUUGGCGCUUCGCAGAUUACAGAAGACACGGUCUUGCGGAUCGGCAGCAUGUCAAAGCUGUUCAGCGUGUACAACUUUCUCAUUGCAGCUGGAGACGUUCUCUGGAACGAGCCCGUGACGAAGUAUGUUCCGGUGUUGGCAGAGUAUGCUGCUCAGCGCGCUGGCGAGGUAGGUAUCGACUAUUACGACUUCGACAGCAUCACAUUAGGCGCACUGGCUUCGCAGUUGUCAGGUGUCAAUCGCGAUUUUGCAUUCGGUCCGGACUCAGAUGAUGGCUUUGCGGGAGUCCUUCCACCGGUGUCGCCUGUGAAUGUCAGCUAUUGCGGGUAUAAUGGGACGGAUCAAUCGCCGUUGUUUCCGUGUAAUCGGACUGAAUACCUCAAGGCGGUUCUUGUGCAGAGUCCUGUCGUGCCGGCGUUUCAUACCCCAAUCUAUUCCAAUGUGGGAUACUCACUCCUAGCCAUGGCGUUGGAGAAUAUUACCGGCACCGCUUUUGACGAUAUCUUUGCGAAUGACUUCGUUGCGGCUCUCAAUCUUACCGGGACUUACUCAUUGCCGCCAAGCGAUCAGCUUGAGAGAAGCUUUGUGCCGUACAAUCUGUCGUAUAGCGGAUUUUUGUGGGAGACUCUCAACGAGGCUCCUGCGGCGGGAUUUUACUCCAACAUACGGGAUUUACGGAUCAUCGGGCAGUCGAUGCUUAGUUCGAGGCUUCUCACACCCGCGCAAACCCGUCGUUGGCUUUUGCCAGUCACUUUUACUGGAAGCCCGAACGUCAGCGUUGGCGCACCCUGGGAGAUACUGAGAGCUCCGCUCGAGCGUCAGUCGUGGAUGUACACCAAGGGAGGCCACUACGGGCAGUACACGUCGGAGAUUGUUUUGCUGCCGGAUUGGGGUGUUGGCUAUAGUGUGCUUGCCAGUGGGGUGGAAGUGAGUCUUGCGGUGGAUACGGUUGCGAAUAUUGUGGCGGAGACUGUGGUUGGUGUGCUGGAUGAGGCGGCCGCUGAGGAGGCAAAUGUCACGUAUGCUGGUCGGUAUGAGAAUGAUGGGGACGUGAUGGUGUUGGAGGUGGACGACGGGCCCGGUCUGCUUGUUAGUGAGUGGAAUUGGAAUGGGACGGAUGCUUUGGCGUUAUAUGCGACGUUGAAUGGUGCGGAGAAUGCUACGAUGAGGUUGUGGCCAACAACGUUGACGAGUCCGGGCAAGGUUGGUUUCCGGAGCUACGUUCAGAAGUUGCCGGUGGUGCUGAAUCCUUAUCCGGUGCUCGGGAACUGUAUCAGUUGGUUGACGACGGAUCAGCUGGUGUACGGCGGGGUCGGGCUGGAUGAUUUUGUGGUAGAGGUGGAGGAUGAAACAGAAAUCAACAGCUGGGAGCGCGACCUCAGUGGCAAGUCUGUCGUUGUGGACGCGGCCCAGUCCGCGAAGAAUCCGAAGUCAUUCAGUCACACCACGGUCAAGCAGAUGAAUGCCGAUCUCACGGAGUUGGCGACCAGCACUCCUGAUCCAAAUCGAGCCGAUGAUGUGCUGGGCCUGGCCACACUCAUUGAGCCACGCUCUGAAGACCUCGAAGAAGCCGAGCAGCAACUGGGCGUUAAUGGCGCCUUCAAUCUCUACGAAGGGCAGGAUGAGUUUGCCGAUACCCAGACAUUGUGCGCGUCAACCAAGUAUAUGAAGAAGGUCACCAUAAACGAUAUAGCCUCAAACUCAGGAUGCCCACAAGGCGGGCUCCAGAGACGGGUUGUGCCUGUGCUUGCGAUGCACGAAGAGAAACAGAAACACAACUCCGAGAUACCCACAGGGCGGGCUCCAGAGACGAUCUACGCCAAUUCUCGAGAUGCACGAACAGACAGAGAAGAGCAUCAAGAUAUUGCGGGCGAUGAACAGGCCGACGGAAUGCUCGACAUGUACAAGAAGCUCGACAGCGCCCACCACGUCCUAUGGUACAAGAUGCAAUCAUACCAGCAUCUCAGCGCGUUCCUCGACGCAGUUUCCACGAAACUCUUCAACGACACCAAUACUCUCCGAGAAGAAGCUGCUGCAAACAAGUCAAGAUGGGUAAGAUCGAGCUAG